AGGUUAGUUUAUAUGGCAGCCUGGAAAGGAUCAUACAAAAGUAGAAAGGAUUGAAGGCAUUGUAAGGCAGCAGCAUUUCGGACAUCUCUAUAUAUUGUGCUUUACAACAUGUCAUUGUUGCCUUGAAAAGCAGCAAGCCGAAUGCUGUGUUCAUAGUUUCUUACAUCCCCAAACUUCUCACCAGUAACUUCGACUCGCCUCUACUGCACCAUGAGACUUACCGCCGCAUUGUACGGCCUUGCCGCCGCCAUCGGAGCCCUUGCCCAGAGCGAUGAGUACCCCCCUCUGAAGUCCGAUGGCCCGUACGCACUACACGUCAAGGGCCAAUGCAACAGCUCGAUCGACGGGUACCUCUACGCCGUCCAUGAAUUUUCGACGGACCAUGAUCCGGACACUGGGGUAUCUGUGCUCCACUAUGCCCCUGUUCCCGCGCCCAUGGCCGGCAACUCGUCGUACCGCUUCUACUUCAAUACCUCGGUUGAUGACGAUUCCGGUUUGGGCUUUGUGGUUACGGAUAUUCAUGCUAGCAACGCGACCAAUCUCUAUAAAGGAAAGGCUAUGUUCUGGACUUACUUCCCCGAUACGAAUGUUGCGAUAUUGGAGCUCGGUGAAGGCGCCGACCCAUACAACGUGCAAUUCGUAGGUUUUGGUGAGGAUGAAAAGGCCUUCGUGUACGCACAGCACGAUGAUUCGACAGCGGUCGUGGGGAAGCCGGGACCUGAGACAUCGGUCAAUCUUUAUGGUUGGGCCAUUUGCUGGCAAACGAGGUACACCGUUACCGGAUUCACGCUAUCUUGGAUUACAUAUGGGAAGCCACAUAAUCCAACUUGCGAGCGCGUCGACUUGACCAGAUUGAAGCUAUGAUAAUGUUGGUUUCGAACGGGUUAAGGCCCCUCCUCCAUAUCAUAUGUGUACCUAUCUUUGAUUGGAAAUGUGCGGUGGCUUGCCAGCUGGCAUAAAAAUAUUGACAUAUUUGGUUAGAAAUAGCAAAUGAUAAGAGCUUUUUGAUCCAUAGAGAAACAGAACUGUUUUUACGACAGAGGUUCGACUGAUGAUUAUACAUCACAUAUGCAACGGCCUAAAAUUAAAGCUAGAGAAGAAAG